AUGUUGGCAACUGAUAAUGCAAUUGGGCAAUUACCUGGACUUUCUAGCCUCUCUGAUGAGGUGGAUGCUUGUUAUCCAACAGUAUAUGAAGACACAAAGGGACUUGUCGAUGCCUUUGUUGUUUUCACUUCUUCUUUCUCUGCUCACAUUAUAGGUCAGGAUGGCGCCAUUAUCUGGAAAGAUAUAACUACAUACGGGAUUGAUAGCAGUUCUAAUCUGAGGAUCACCGUCUAUACCUCGGAGACUAGUCUUUUCACUUUAUCGUUUACUGACGCAGGGGUUUGGUCCACGUGCAAAGAAAAGCUGCUAUUCUGUCAGUUAUCCACAUCUGCUGAUGGAGAUGGCCCAGGAGGUUUCACUCUGCCCCACAGAAGCACGUCCACACUUUGCAGAACAGAGCUCGCUAAUCAGCUGGACUCACACUUAGACUCCCCUACUAUCCUGUCAACAGAGACGUCUGCCGCACAGUCUAAUGAUGCUGGUCGUGCAUUUAGCCCAGAGAUUCUGUGUCUGUAUAUGCACACGUCUGUAUUCGAUGAGUCCUUUAGUCAUGUGUUCAGACUCUUCUAUGAUGUGGUUCUCCUCAAUAACAAUGUGCUGACUACUCUGAUGAUGUCACCCAUGAAGGAGGACAUUCUGGACCGGACUCUUACAAACCUAUCUGCACAUGCUCUCUAUCCCACGCACACUAGACUUCAUGCCCACGAUCUUAUUGGCCUUCUCUCUGUUGUUAACACUUUCGUCUUACGCAAUGUGACACUGUCGUAUGAACUGCUUUCGCACGACAUACGAGUAACAGAUUCUCCUGGAGCACACCUCCGUGGACAGACCCCCAAGGACAGCUUUUCAAUCGAAGAAACGUCUUACCCUUAUCACUCCAUCCGAUACUUGGACAUCCUUCAACAGAUUCUCAGCCAUCGAGUUAUCUCUUUCUCUAGCGCCCAUCAAUGCGUUAUUUUAUCAGAUGAAAGGCUUGCUGAAAGCAUCAUAACCGCAUUGGUGCUAUAUUUUGAUAGUGUAUGUAGCUUUAUUGGGAUAUUUUUCGGUGCACCUGCCCUCGCGCCUCUCAAGCGCUUCUUUAGUACAUCAAGCAACGUGGAGCUUAGCGUAGUCCUGAGCACAUCACUGUAUCAACAACUUCAAGAGAUUCUAAAGCUUAUCUUUAUUGUUCUAUCUGGGUGCUUCCCUCGGGGAGUGUCUGAGCAUCUGCUGGAGUUUAGUCCCUUUCACGCUGCACCGACAUUUGAUUACCAGGCUGUUAGUAAGUACUUCCUAACCCAUGUACAGAAUGGUGACAGCUUAGCCAAAUCUUACCCGUCACACAAGGACACUCUUGAGGCCAUAGUGUAUGCCCAUAGAAAACCCAUGGAUCGAAGGGAUAUGGUCUAUAAUCUUCUCUAUCUCUCAUUCAUUAUCAUUGAUACAUUUAACCAGGCUGCCACUCUUGAUGCAUCUAUUUCCCAGCUGGUAAUCCCCAAUUUUAGCGAAAAGGACUCUCGCCUUCUCUUUGGCGGUCUUCUGCAUGAGCUAGAUGCACAGAUUACCAUAUUUUUCUUAUCAUUGAGUCUUUAUGAAUCAGGAAACGAUUCGUUGGUUAGAGACUUGCUUUUUGGAAACGUUUCUUGGUUAAUAUCAACAGAAUCAAUUGGUCCAGGCUACAAUAGGAAUAUUACUGAGCAUGACAUGGAACUUUCUGUUGAUGCUGUUGUCUAUAACGCAUCAAGGCGCUUUUGGCUUAAUGCUCAACCACUAAUCAUGUUGCUUCGCACACUUAUUUCCAUUUUCCAGUCAUCGGCGCUAUUCCUAUUUGAAUUUGAUCCUGAUUUGUGUGUGCACUUUAUGAAUUGUAUCCUUCUUGUCUUUAUGGACGAGCAUCUUGAUCUACUACACCAAGCUAUUGCUAUAGAAGCUGAACGACAUCUAGCACUUAACCAACGAGACUCCAAGGCCAAUGACGCCUCCUUGAGGCUCCACAUUCUUCUAGUAAUGGAGACUUUGCUUCGAGACUUUAUUCAGCGAAUAAGCUACGUGUUAACAAGUAUUCUAGAAGCUUUCACUUCCAUUUCCUUGUUGGCAACUUCUCCUCCACUAUCUCUCAUCCGCCAAUCCUGCUAUCGGGCUGCUCUGUUGGGCAGUGUCUACUUAGGUAGGCGGGUUGUGCGAUUCUAUCGCUCUGCACAAGAGUCUCCUCUUACUGCUCCACUCACUACCUACACAAGCACAUGCGUGAAUAGUAUCAUUCACAUAUUCAAGCAAUUAACAGAUGCCAGCGUGCAAACCUACCUUGAUCUGUCGACAUAUCUAAUGCUUACGCAAUAUCUAGCGGAGUUCUUGAAUGAUACCACAGAGUCUAGCACUGAAUUGACAGCUCUCAAAGACGUCAUUGCCAGCGGCCUUGUUUCCAUUGUAGUUAGGUUUAUACCACAGAUUCCUGACGGGCUUACCGAGAAUAAGAGAGACUCAAUCAUGUCUUUAUCCUUAGGCCUUGAGAUUAUUACUGCUCUCGAUGUAACGUCAUUGCUGACGCGUUCGUCACGGAGAAAGAUGGAAGAACAAUCCAUACUACAAGUAGUAACAACGUGCUGCACUGAACAGGCUAGACUGCUAUCUCGAUUCAUCGCUCUACUACCUCCAAUUCUCGAGGCACCUAAGCAAAGCACCUUUCUCCCACCACUUCUCCCGGUGAAUACUGAGGCUAGCAUGACUAUUAAUAUGCUAGAUUUAGACUGUGGUGAAACUCUCAACCAACACCACUUCCAUGAGAUCAUGCACUUGAACUUAGAGGCUCUUCUAAUCAAUCUAGUAGCCCUCUAUGAUCAUCUGCACAUCCAAGAUUUUAUAGACUCCUUCCUUGACGCUUCAAAAGACAGCAUAGUCUAUUCCACUGAGAUGAUGCGCAAGACUAAGCAGGUAAGCAUACUGAGUAACUUGGACCCAGAGCUUCACAAUAAGAUAAUAGAUUCUGUGGCGCACACAGCACUAUGUCUUAUUGCUGAUGUUUUCCCUUUUCUUACUAAGGAAGACAGGCUCUUUGCAAGUGCAGUGGAGACCCUGUCCCACACCAUCUUGGGAUUUCUGCUGCUUUCCCUGUAUAGACAGCUUGCUGUCGCACGCACAGUAGCGGAUUUCUACAGACCAAAUGAUCUUUUUACAUUAUAUUUUUCUCUUGUUAAGACAGAUUGUCUCUACACUCUUUUUUCUCCAGCAGACCUUCGCAUACUUUUUGUGGCGAUUGAUAUGCAGAGCAUCAUUUUCCGCACGCUCAGCAGAAACGUUGAUGUUUUGAGAGAGACGACGGCAGCAUACAACGUACUCAAUCUUGUUAUUACAAGGCUGUGUAGAGGCACCCUACUCGCAGGUGAUGCUGAGGUAUCUGCGUCAAUCACGUCCUCCUGCGCAUCGCAACCCUAUCCACUCUUCCGCAAAGAGAAACGCAAUAGUUACCCCAUUACUGCAAGAAAGGUAUCUCAAAAAUCAAUUCUGGCUUAUCUUGAUAAUCUCUCUGCCACACUUUCAUAUGUAGCCCAGCGAGAGCCGUCUUCUGUGGAUGCCCAACUGCUUAUUCUAUCUGCUAUAGCCUCCCUUUUUGACUGCAUUGCACCCACUAGUGUACUGCAGUCUGAGGUUACCCAGAUUGAUGAGCUAGUUGACUUACGGAUUUAUCUUGAGUCUGGCCAUGAAGCAUACAGUGAAGUACUUUUAGAGGAGGCCAGCAAUCUGGUCAAAAAUAAAAUUAUUUUACUCUACAUCUUUAAAGAGCCUGAUGGCAAGCGAUGCAAUCCUCUGUUACUCUCUGCUCUCUCCACCGCUAUAGAGAGCGCUGAUGAGCGGCUCAAAAGGCUCGGGAUUUCUCUUCUUUAUCGGUGUAUGUUUGUGAUAGCCCUAAAGGGCAUCUCAGGAGAGGAGCUUUUCUCCUUCGCAUUCAGCCCCGAUGUCUGUGCACAUCUGCUUUCUGUAUUCACAAUUGAUACAGCAAAGGAGCUACUAGAGCCUGUGCUGGACGUCUUUGACAUUGGCUUGCAAUUUCUUUACGAGGUCGAAGCCAUGUCAACACAGAAACGAAGAGGACUGACAUCACUUGUGCAGUAUCAAACCAGUUAUCUAAAGAUGAUCACCACACUGACUGCUCUUAUCUCUAGAGACCACCUAAGCAUCACUGAGUCAUUCUAUCUCCGCCUCUCUUCAUUCCUCACCAGCCUUAUGAUUCUCUUCAAUCGUCUUAACCUAUUCAAAGAGUUUUCGGCCCCGUUUAGUGCCCUUGUCAAUGCCUUAAUUGAGACAGCUAUGCCCGACUAUCGACAGAUCCUGGGGACAAGUGACCCUUUACCCCUUCUCUUUUCGAUAGCAAAUACCCUCUACACAUAUCUUUGCAUGUGCAUGCAUGAGGAGACAUUUGCUAAGAUGCCAGACAAUAUCUCGAAGAAGAAGGGCUCCAAACGGCCUUCUGUUACUGCCCAUAACAUUACACACCUGGCCUUAUCCACACCCGUUGACGAAACCUCCAGUGAGAGAGCGGGGACAGUGGUUAUUACUGUAUGCACGAUCCUACUCAAUUGCUUCCAGAGCAUUUCAGAGACUGCACCCAAAAGUAACGACAUCUCGUUCAAAAAAGCCAUCUCAAUCCUAUAUAGUCUUUCUCAAUUUGGGUUUGCAGAAGCUGAUUGCGUGUAUAUUCUGCUCUACACAUAUGUUGGAACACUCUCGCACAUUGGUCUGCUACAGACGCCUGAUAAGGAUAAAGAAUACGAUUUACAAAUAAAGUGCGUCGUGCGCAUUUUCAAAGCAAUCAUUAAUGUUAUCAAGAAUCCUUGCCAUUCUAUGUUUAUUGAGGAGUCUUUAACGAAUGUUCUGCUCGUUAAUGGAAAUGAUUUUCUGGUCUUCCUUUGUGUCUGUUUGGCUGUUGCUGUCAGAAACCCGGUACUUUACAAAUCUCUUAUUCAGCCGUAUGAGGACUUAGCAAGAGAAAGUGAGGGCAACGCUGCAGUAUCACUGUGGCUCUCACUGUUUAGGUUAAUAAAGCGUGCCCGCAGUCUUACAGAUCUAGUCCGCUCUCUGGCGGAUAUGAGUCUGGAGGUGCUGCACUGUGUAUUCAGUCACCUUGUUCGCAAGCCAGCAGAGCAAACAUCAAUGUUUACAACUGGGCCUGGAAGAUACCUUCUUUCGUUGCUUUUGCACUGCUUCGCCAACAACUCCGAGAUGAGUGACAACGAAACGCCGGUAUCGUGCACAAACCCAAUACAAAAGCCCAAUGGGAACCACGCUCAGAUGGCAGCCGAGAUACUGGCCUUGAGCAUGCGUGCUGCACCUACGCAGGUGUCUGCCAUCUUGAUCAAGAAAAGCACAAUGUAUAUCCUAAUAUCAUCUUUUGAAAAGCUAGUUGCAGCUCUUCUGGAGAAUGAGUUGAAGAACGAUAGGCAUGAUUCGUUCAAUCAACCAGAUGACAAUCUAGACAAUAGGAGUAUGGCGGCUGGGACACUAGGAGAGAUCCUAUCGAUAUACGCCGACAUGGCUCUACUCCGCGAAUGUUCUAACAUAUUCCGUGAGUCAAAUAAUCAUUUGCUAGUGCUGAUUGCAGAGUUUCUUCAGCAGCUAACUCAGUACUAUAAAAGAUGCUUGGCAGGCAAUCAAGAGAGUUCCAUCCACGCGCCACUUCAAGCCAAAGUGGAGAAGUGUAUGACUUUGGCGGUCCUCACUCUCCGCAACGUCGUUAUCACAGCAGAGGAUCUAUCUUACAUAACAAUGAACAUCAAAGAAACUAAAGCUUACGUGCUUAUUAGCGGGAUGUACGAGUAUAUAACUCUGCAUACAAACCCGGGAGCAGACAUGGCAGGGCUCCCCGCAGCUACGGAAUACUUAACAAUAAUAAUCAUGCACUUAAUCACUCAAGCUGAGGACGCGGGCGCAGACCACCACGCUAUAACAUUGGUAAAAAGGUAUGCAUUGCAAUUGGAGCAAAAAAUGCAAAGCACACUGCAAAAGGAUAUUUGUGUGGAGGAAUGCUCCGCACUGCUUGGAGCACUGAACAUGCUACCCUAG